AUGGAUCUCUACUGUCUUGUUAUACGUUUCUAUAUCAACGGCAAUGAGAUCGAUGUAAGCAAAUCUUCAUCACAAUCAUUAGCAGACGUCAGCAAUUUUAGCCGAGCAAAGCAAAAUGAUUUUCUCGGAAAAGAACAUUUUUCCUCUUUUGAUUUGGAAUAUAAAAAUUCCUUACGGGAAAAACUUGUCGAGGGCUUUUCAAGAUUCCCAAAGGAUUAUUUUGUCGCUGGCAUUUCCUGUGAAUGUGACGAUGAUAUAUUCAACGGCAUGCCUGUGAUUGCUAAAAAUAAAACGCAACGGUCACGGGACGAUUGCAACGCCUCGGGACCAUCGCCUUGGGACACUGAAAAUGAGCAAAAAUGA